UUUUCGUUAAAAAAAAUUUUUUUUUUAACAUUCUCGAAAGUGAAAAUAAAAAAAUUGUGUGAAGAAGAAGAAGAAAUUUUACUGUGACGAGCCAUUAGGGGAAAAAUAUUUUUGGAAACUGGAAAAAGGACAAUAUUUCACAGAAAGGGAAAUUUUGAAGAGGAAAAAAUUUAUAUUUUCAUUGAAGAAAAAUGAUCGAUUAGAAAAAAGAAAGAAGAAAUGUUUUCUUCUGAAAAUUGAAAAUAUGUGAGAAAUUUUCCCCUCCUAUCGGAAAGUGAGAAAAAAAGUGAUUUUGUAUUUUUUUAAAACUUUUAUUUUGUUUGUGUUUUUUUUUUUUUUUGAAAAAAAAAUGUUAAGUACAAGUGUUUCUACAAUAUUUUCGUGUGCUCAAACUUUGAGAAAGGGUUAAAUGAGGUGUGGUAGUAGGAAACUUUUGUGAGGAAAUAUUGUGAAUGUCGUCCGUGACACGGAAAUAUACACAAACACCUGGCUCCUCGAUACUGAAUGGGAGUGGCCAACAUUCCGGAGCAGCAGAAAGAACAGUCACGGGAGAGUCAUAAUGAAUGGAUUGAUUUGAUGAAGGGGAACGGGAAAAUGGAGACGUCAAAGGGGAAGGGUGCUGAUUUCAUAACUGUGGUCAGUGUGGGCAAUCAGGGUGAGACAAGUCACCCUGAGAAUUUUGUCACUGUCCUCUCGAUUGGAAGUGGAAUGAGAAAGGACGAUGAGGCGCAACUCGUCUCAAAAACAGUCGCAAAUGGCGUCGAUCCCCAUCUCGAGGAGGAAGUUGAGGUCUACCGUCUGCCAGGCGAACGUCUUGGCUUCGGCCUCAAAUUUGAGGGUGGCAAUAAAACCUCCGAGAGAGUUAAGCGACUUUUCAUACAAAGUUGCGCUGAUCAGAGUCCAGCGAGCAGGACGAAAUGCACCUGGGGAUGUUUGGGCGAAGGAGACGAGAUCCUCUCAAUCGAUGGAGUGCCAGUGAUUUUAAUGACCCGCUUGGAUUGCGUUAGACGGCUCAAGGAAUCGCAAUUGGUGAUAAAAUUAAUGGUGAGAUGUCGCGGUGCACUGCGACCGGAAGUGGUUAGUGCCGAAAGAAAAACGACAUUAUUGGAGAAGAAUAAAGUACCACCUGAAUUACCAUUGGCACCGCCACCAGUGCCACCUAGGAAAUUGAGACAUCCACGUGGAUUGGCUGACGGCGAGGCAAAUCCAAGUCCAGUGAAAAAAUCAUGGGACAGUGCAAAAUCCGUUCCCACGUCCCAAAAUGGUUCGCCACAAUCGCAAUCGAGUUUUCUUGGAAGCAGUAACGGCAACAGCAAUAGCAGCAGCAGUAAUAGCAGUAUUAAAUCCUCCGCUUAUGAGAGUUGUUAUUCUUCGCCAAAGAGUGGAAUUAAUGCAAAAAAUGAGAGCCCCAAAGCAUUGCCCAAGGAUUAUUCUUCUGAUUUAUGUAAAUUCAAACAGGAACCACCCGAGGCAACGGUCUACCUGGACGCAAGAAUUCAAGACACAUCGAGCACUCACGGAAGCACAUCAGACGAAACAAGCAGUUCUCUCUCAACAGUUGUCGACAGAUUCUCCACCUCGGAUCGUGUCUCAACAAUUUCGACAGCCUCGACAGCAUCGAUCGCAGGCUCCGAGCAAUACGCCACAGACAACACCAAAGGAAAUCAUCAUCAUCAACACACCAAUGACCAUUGCAAUGAUAACAAUAAUAAUAGUAGCAGCAGUAACGCAAAAGAAUUCCAAACAGAUGGCCUCAAUCUCAAAGGAAUGCUCACACCACUCGAUCAAUUGGAUUUCGAAUUCACCACAAAUCCACCCGACUAUCUUCUCACUCGCCUAGCAAAUUCAGAAGCCGUCACUCACGUCGAAUCGCGAGGCGACGUCGAACGUGUCACCGCUGUUGUCGCUCCCAAUACCGUUCUCAUCGAGGAGACAAUCACACUCCAACCGCCUUUGAGCUUCCAAGACGCUCCACUCAGUUACGGCCAUGAAUUAAGUCCGGGCAUUUUUUACACCGACUUGGCAGCUGAUUCGAAAACCCACUUUCGACCUAUUAAGGACGACGCAUCAUUGGUCGAGUCCAUUGUCAAUGGUGACGUCGAUCAUCAUCGCCUUCGUCGUCAUCAUCGUCAGGACCAUCAUCAAGAUCGAAAUCAUCAAGAUAAUCAUCUAAAUCCUCAUCAUAAUCAUCAAGAUCUACAUCUUAAUCAUCAGAAUAAUCAGGAUAAUCAUGACGAUCCACUGAUCGAGAGUGUUGAUCUUUGUCAUCGUGAUCCACUGAUCGAAACUAUUAAUCAUCAUCUUGAUCCAUUGAUCGAAGCUGUUAAUCAUCAUCAUCAUCAACGUCUUGAUCCAUUGAUCGACAUUGUUGAUCAGCAGCAGCAGGUAAAUUCUGCACCUCCCUUGCCAAUUAGGAAUCAUGUGAAUAGAAUUCCGGUGAAUCAGCCAAUUUCUAAUGGGGAAAUUAAAUCAUCAAAGAAUGAUGAUUAUUUGACGGAAAAAAUCGAGACGCCGAUUCUUCCUCCAAAACCAAUGCCAAGAAAAGAUUUGAAGACGAGAAGGAAGCGUCCGCCUCCACCACCACCGCCUCCUAAUUCAAUUCCUAGACGACAACUCCCAUCAGCACCAGAAUCAAUAAACCACCAGAGUAAUCAGUCUGAAUUUCUGGAUUCAAAUUUAGAGAAUGGAGCAGAAAUACCAAAAAGUGAAAGCAAUGGAACGAAAACAGAUGAAAAUAAUUCCAUUUCUCAAGAAUCGAGUAAAUUCUCAAAAGAAUCGAUCAAAGUUGAUGAUGAGGAAUUGAUUGAGGUGAAAAAUGGUAAAAAUACGAAAAACCCAGAAAAUGAAGUAGAAUUGAAUUUUGAAGAAGAAUUGAAAAAGGAUUUAAAGAAUUCACCGAAUAAGUUGAAUUUUGACGAAGAAUUGCAAAAGGAAUUGAAAAAUUCACCGGAUAAAUUGAAUUUUAGGCAAACAGGAAGUGAAGUGAAUUCGAAGGGAGAUGAAAUGGAAAAUUUACCAACGGGAAAAUGUAGGGAAGAGGGAAAUUUAUUGACAAUGAGUCAAGAGUCGAUGGAAGGAGAAAGUGGAAAAUUUCCGACUAAGGAAAUGCAGACGAAUAAAUUAUUGGACAUUAUUGAGAUGAAGAUUAAAAUGUCCGACGAAAUACAGCAUCGGCAAUCCUCGACAAUCUCCGACAAUACGGAGACGAAUGUUCGACGGAUCAGUGAAAAUGCUGAAGAAGAAAUGAAAAGAGGAAAAAGUAAUUUUCCAGGUAAGUUUAAUAAUUCUCCAUUGAAAGGAAAAUUGGUCGAGAUGACAAAUAAGGAUACGGUUUCGUUUGAGGUCGAUGAUUCUGAAAGUGAAAAAGAGGAAGAAAGAGAGAAAAAAGAAAAAGAAGUAAAAGGCAAAGAAGAAGAAAUAGACAAAAAGUGGAAAGGAAAAAGAAAAGAAGGAAAAACGGAGAUAGAAUUAGAAGAAAGAGAAGAAAAAAGAAGAGUAGAAGAAGUAAAACGAGAAAAUAGAAAAGAGGAAGAGAUUCUAAACGGUAAAAGGAGAGAGGAAGAAAUUAGACGAGAAAAAAUAAGUCGAGGAAAUAUAGAAGAAGAAAUAAAACCUAAAAAUAGAAGAGAAAAAAUAAAACCAGAAAAUAGAAGAGAAGAAAUAAAAAAAGAAAAAGAAAAAAUAAACAAAGAAGAGAAAAGCAGAGAAAAAUCCUACAAAGAAGAGAGAAGUGAAGAAAAAUUAAGCAAAGAUGAAAAAGUCAAAGGGAAAUUACACAAAGAAGAGAAAAGUAAGGGAAAAUUGAACAAAGAUGAGAAAUGCAAAGGAAAAUUAAAUAGAGAUGAUUCAAGAAAUAAGGAAAUAAACGACGAAGAAAAGAGAAAAGUAAAAAGGGAAGAACUAGGAAGUAGAAGAAUUAAAGAAGAAGGAAGUGAGGAAAAUUUAAAUAGACAAGUACAGAGGAAUAAAGAAAGAAACAGAGAAGAGGGAAGAAGGGAAAAUAUAAAGAAACAAGAACAAAGAAGAGAAGAAAUAGGCAGAGAAAGAAUAAAAGAAGAAACUAAAACGAAGAAUGGAAAUAUAUCGAAAAGUGAGAAUAACAACACACGGCAAGAAAUUAGAAAGGAAAAUAAAAAAGAAAAAAUAGAAAAUUGCAAUAAAGAAAAAGUAGACCAAGAAUUUGAAGAAGAAAAAGAAGAGGAACAAAAAGGACAAGAAGAACAAGGAAAACAAAAAGAGCAAUUAGGACAAAAAGAACGAAAAGAACUAGAAAAACAAAAAGAACCAAAAGGACAGAAAGAACUGAAAGAAGAUGGAAAACAAAAAGAGCAAAAAGAACAAAAAGGACCAAAAGAACAAACAAAAAAAAAAGAAGAAAAGGAACACAAAGGACAAAAAGAACAAAAGGAACAACAACAAGAAAUUAGUGAUUUGAGUAAAUUAAAAAAAAUUGUUUCACCAUCCAAAGAUGAACGAACUCUGUCCAAAGAAUGCAACUGUUUUGUUAAUGGUAAUAAAGAAGAAGAGGAAGAAAGUGAAGCUAAUAGUGUUGUUAUAGAAGAAAUUAAUGAUGGGAAAUUAAUAAUAAAUGAAACGCCAAUUGAAAGACUGGAAAAUAUUUGUUCAGACGUUGAAAAUUUAGCGCAGGAAAUAGAAAUCAAGAGAUGCUACAAAAGGGAGGAAUUGAUGGAUGACGAUGAUGAUGAUGAUGAUACAAGUGAAGAAAGUGAUGCUGGAGACUAUUAUUGGCAAAGCAAUUUGGCAACAAUUGGUGAAGAGGAGGAGACUAAUUCGUUGGAAUAUAAUAAUGCCAAUAAGGAAGUGAAUGACCUUGAAGAGAAAGCAGAAGCGGAAAAGGACAAGCCAAACAUUCCUAGUGUCGUUGUUAGAGAAUACAGCAAAAAUGUGCGGGAUGAGGUGGACGCCGUGAGACAAAUCGCAAAGGACUUUGGGACCGAGGAUAAGAAACCGGAUAAAAGCCCAGUAAAUGGUAGAAUGGACAAUUGUGAAGGCGGUCAACGCCUGCCUCCGGACGGGGAUGAAUUUCCAGCGGCUUAUCAGGAAUUCACGAAUCCUGAUCAAUAUCAAUUUGUAGCAACUACAAACCUAUCAACAAUGACAACAAACGGAAAUUUAAUCUGUCAAAAUCAAACCUUUCUAACAACCGAAAAUUAUCAUCCAAAAGCAAACAAUAAUAGUAAAUCAAUCGAGAAAAUCCACAUCGUUUCGCAAUGUGUAGUCGAUCAUAUUGUCAACGAUCAAAAAUAUAAACCAAAACCAAUUGUCAUAUCGGAAAGAAAAAUCGAAAUCGCCGGCUAUUAUCCAAAAGAAGUGCCAUCAAUAAUGGAUUCUCCCUUCAAGCCAGACAAUCCACCACCAUUACCAUUAACCGAACCACCAAAAGUCGAUAAUUUAUCAUUAGUUCGUAACAAUUCGGAACAAACAAGAAAAUUCUCCUCAAACGGCGAACUUUGGCGACAAGACGACAAAUCUGAACGUUCAGUGAGAGACAAAAUUGCCAUGUUCUCAUCACAGAGCAACAUCGAGGUUCCACUCUUUCCAAACCAAUCCACAAAUACCACAAACAAUACCACCCCAAAUGGUAGAAAAUUAUCCAAACAUAAAUCAUCAGACGAUGUAUUCGCUGAUGAAAAAACAAAAGCAACACAAUAUUUCUCCGAAAGAACACAAAGUUCGUUUGAUAUUUCCACCACUGAUGGUAAUCAAUCAACAAAUUCACCAACAAACUCGCCAACAUUCAAUAAUGAAUCAUCAAAUCAACAAAAUUCAGCCAAGUAUAUUCAAAGACCACCUAGUCUUCCAAAAACCUCACCACCAAUCGAAGAUAUUUUUACAACUGAAUCAAAAAAUUCCACCUUAUCCGAGGAGAAACAGUAUUCAACCUACGCUACCAAGACAUACACACCCAAAAACAUCGAUUCAAGUAUCGAUUCCGGAUUCAGUAAAUCCUUCGAUUCAACGGUGAAAAAUUCACCACCAACAUUGGUGAGAGCGACAAGUUUCUCGGGUGCUGGUACUUGUUUCAAUCACGAACGUCCACAAACAUCGAACCAAGUACUCUCGACAUCGCAAAUAUCGAGGACAAAUUCACUUGUUUCGACAUUCAGAAAACCUGGCGAGGAACUACGACGAAGCAGUCUAAAUCAACUUAUCGAACAGAGGCGAAAGGGAAUAUCGAAACUACGUGGUCUUGUCAUACCCGAGAAGGAUGCUGUUCCCGUCGAUCAAGCCAUCAUCGACCUUCCGGAAAUCAAGUCCAGGGAUUCGAUUCUUAUCAAUCAGGUACCAAAGUCAAGCAUUCAGGACAAGUGGGGUUCGCAGAGUUCCUUGGCCAGUAACACGAGUACAGUAAGCACUCCAAUGAAAGCAACCACCUCCUUCAAAAUGCCAGCACCUCAAAUUUUAUCAAAAUACUCGCCGGCCUUCAAGAGAAAAAGUCUAUCCGUCUACAGCACACCCAACACCAUCUCACCCUCCAAUUACAACACAAAUUGCAACAACUCAAAUCCAAAAAUGAGCCAAACAAUAAAUUCGACCCUAUCCGAAGCACCCAAGAGUUUGGAAAGUAUCUGCAGUCCAACAAGAAGUGAUUACAGUUUCGAGUACCUAUCAUCAACAGGCUCACCUGAGAAUUUACGCUCCAGACCUAGAAUCGGACAAAAGAAAACCCGAACCGACUACGAUGAUUCCGACAACGAUUCAGCAGUGAGCAGUUCCCAAAGUAGCAUCUCCCGGGGUUUCAGUCCACCAAUGUCACCAGUACCAUCAGACAGAAACUACAUCACCUCCGAAAUGAAUUACCAACGACGAACGCUGAUUAUCGAUCCUCUAAAAAAUGAUCCCGACGGGAAUUGUUUCUCGAAACCGAUUUAUUCGAUAAGUUCCGACAAGUGUGAAUUCAAUAAAAAUUCCCAAAUUCCCCAGAGACAAAUAAUAAAGAGAACAAAUAGUACCGAUUCCAGUAGCUCUUCGACACUAACAACCGGAUCGCAAAUAGCCGAAUCACUAUCCCGAAGAGUUCUAAAACCCCAAAGUGUCGAGGCGAUAAAUCGCAAAAAUAUUCUCGCAAGUGCCAAAUGUAGGAGUGGAAGGGACCUCAACGGUUCGCCACUAAUUCAACGAAAAUUCUCCGACGAUGAGGAAACUCCGGAAGGAGGGAAUGUCGACUAUUCACAAAAGGUGAAUGGAAAUGGCGAAACUAAGAUCGCCUAUAUUGAAACAGUUCAGGAUGAUGAGCAACCGAUAGAAAAAGUGGACGAACCGAAAUUACCGCCUAAGAGAAGUAUACCGCAACCAGUGGGUAGACCUCCAAAACCAGAGAGUCUGGAACCAUCGAAUGAUUUGAAAAUGUGGGUGCGAUCGGAGGUCAAGAAUCUUGCGGACAAAAUUUCCAGUGAAAAGACAAUGAGAACGGGUAGAAGUCGAUCAUCAUUGACAUUGGACGAUCAAACUGCAGAUGAUAUUCUUUGUCCGAGAAAUCGAACGUCGAGUAAUGAAUUAGACGAGACUGAUAAGAAUGCGAAAUUUCCCCAAAAGAAUAACAACGAAACUGAUCUUUUGACCAUUUUGACAACAAAGAGCAGAUCCAGAUCUGCAAUUCACGUCGAGGAGAGUUCCUAUGGAAAAUCGAGGAGCCAAAUGAGUCUCGAGGACAUUCUGACUCUGAAAAACGAACCGAAAUUAACGCGUACACAAAGCGUUACCAUCGAGACUACAACAUCCCUGGACAGAAAUGGAAUCCAUUUGGAAAAAUCUAUUAAACACGAAACGGAUACAAAAUCACCGGCUAGAAGAUCGAAUUCAAGUGAUUGGAAUGAAGAGAGAACAUUUCCGUCAAAAAUCCCCUCAUUAAACAGACCAAAAGUCACUAAUAACAGCGAAGACCUAGUGGACAUUUCAGAGAAACCAAAAAAUUUAGUAUCGAAAAUUCCCACAUCUAAAAGUUUAGGUCGACGUAGUGCAAGUGUAACGGACAUGAAGAAAGCAUUUGAAAAAACUGAUUCUCCAAAUCAAAGUGGAGCAAUAACGACACUACAAACUGGCAAUAAUGUUCACAAUCGUUUUCCAAGUUUAGACAGUAGUGUCGAGGAGAAUAUACGACCUGUGGGUGUUGAAGGUGAUGCGGAGAGAUUUUGUAUUGAACAAUUUGGCAGUAUUAGUUCACUAGCGAGUAGUACGAGUUUGAUAUCGCAACAGGAAUUGGCUCAAUUGGUCGAGGAGGCGAGUCUAGAGGAAGCUCGUGGUUCUCACGAUGUAAUUGUGGUUUUGCUACACAAGGAAAAUCCUUCUGGUAGUGUUGGUAUAACACUAGCCGGAGGUAUUGAUUGUGAGGCAAAAGAAAUCACGGUACAUCGUGUAUUGUCGCAUUCAAUUGCUGAUAAGGAUGGCAGGGUGCAGAGGGGAGAUCGAAUUUUGAGUAUUAAUGGAAGAAGCACAAGGGGGCUUUCACAUCGGGAAAGUCUCUCUGUUCUCAAGCAACCAAGGUCCGAAGUGGUGCUUGUUGUCUCUAGAGCUCGCAUUGACGAGGGCUGUAAAUUGAGAACGCGCACCGAAAGCGUCGAGACUAUUGUGGAAGGUUAUGAGAUGAAUGGCGGAAUUGAAAACACAGCAUGGGGACCACCUUCGACUAUAGCAAUUCAUAAAGAUGGAGCAGGUCUCGGAUUUAGUCUAGAGGGUGGAAGGGACAGUCCUCUCGGUGACAGACCUUUAAUAAUAAAAAAAAUAUUCACAGGAGGUGCUGCGGAAAAAACAGGUGCUUUAAAAGCCGGCGAUCAAUUACUCGAAGUAAAUGGAAAUGACGUCACAAGAAUGUCAAGGAUAGAAGCAUGGUCCUUAAUGAAAAAAUUGCACGAUGGAGAAGUUAAUCUCCUAGUCAGGCACCCUGCCACAAAGUCAUCGUGAAUCGUAGUCAAUUUUUUUUUUCUUAUUUUCUUUGUAUAAAAAAUAGGCAUAAUAUUUUGUUUGCAAUAUAAAACAAAAGGGAAAAAGAAUAGAUAAAAAAAAAUUAAAAACGACUGUAUAGCUUUAUAACUAUAAAAAAAAUACUCUACAUAAACUAUUAAAAAAAAGCUUUCAAUUUUCAUUAAAAAUGAAAAUUUUCUAUUUAAUUAUGUUUUCUCUUCUUCUAUAUUCUUUAGAAGAGAAAUAAUAAAAAUAAAUACCGAUGAGAAUAAUGAAAUAAAUAUUACAGCGAGAAUAAUAUUAAAUAUUACUGAGAAACAACUGCAAAUAAAUACUAUACUAAUUAUAUAAAAACAAUUAUUUGUCCAUUAUUCAUCAUUAGUAGUUUCAGUUUUGUCUUUUUCAGUUUCAUUAUAAAUAGUUUAUUGUCAAAAU